UUGGGAGGCGGGGCGACCGUCACGUGUGGUGGAAGUGUCAGAAGGGAAGUGUGUGUGAGUUCUGUACAGCAUGGCUGCCAAGGUAGCUUUAACCAAGAGGGCUGACCCAGCUGAACUGAAAACUAUAUUUCUGAAGUAUGCCAGUGUGGAAAAGGAUGGAGACUAUUUUAUGUCUCCCCUUGACUUUGUCAGACGUUACCUGAACAUCACCGGAGAUGGAGAGCCAAAUCCCAAAACCAUGCAGCUAUUGACCGGCGUGGUGGAUCAAACCAAAGACGGGUGAGAAGCUUACGAAUCUUUUUUAGCCUUCGAGUCAGUCCUGUGCGCUCCAGAUGCGCUCUUCAUGGUGGCCUUCCAGCUCUUUGACAAAACUGGGAAAGGAGAAAUAACGUUUGAUGAUGUGAAGCAAGUGUUUGGGCAAACUACGAUUCACCAGCGUAUUCCGUUCAACUGGGACUGCGAGUUCAUUCAGCUGCACUUUGGAAAAGGCCGAAAGAGGCUCCUGCCAUAUGCCGAGUUUACUCAGUUUUUGCUGGAAAUCCAGCUGGAACAUGCCAGACAAGCCUUCGUACAGCGUGACACUGACCACACAGGCACAGUCAACGCCAUGGACUUCAGAGAUAUUAUGGUCACUAUCCGUCCACACGUCUUGACCCCAUUUGUGGAACAGUGCUUAGUUGCUGCUGCUGGAGGUACCAUAUCUCACCAGGUCAGCUUCUCCUACUUCAAUGCAUUUAAUUCCUUGCUGAACAACAUGGAGCUUAUUAGAAAGAUCUACAGUACCUUGGCCGGAAACAAGAAAGACGUGGAGGUCACAAAAGAGGAGUUUGUACUUGCUGCACAGAGGUUUGGACAGGUCACACCUAUGGAAGUAGACAUACUUUUCCAACUCGCUGAUUUAUAUGAGCCGCGGGGACGCAUGACGAUGGCCGAUAUUGAAAGAAUCGCUCCUCUGGAAGAGGGAGCAUUGCCCUACAACCUGGCAGAAGCCCAGAGACAGCAUCAAGGCUCCGGUGAAGUGUCUCGCACUAUCCUUGUCCAAGUGGCCGAGUCUGCUUACAGAUUUGCUCUUGGCUCAAUCGCUGGAGCUGUUGGUGCUACUGCCGUGUACCCCAUUGAUUUGGUCAAAACACGGAUGCAAAACCAGCGGUCAACUGGAUCGUUCGUAGGAGAGCUAAUGUACAAGAACAGCUUUGACUGUUUUAAAAAAGUGUUACGGUAUGAAGGGUUCUUUGGACUUUACAGAGGUCUUUUGCCGCAGCUGCUUGGAGUGGCACCAGAAAAAGCUAUUAAACUUACUAUAAAUGAUCUUGUACGAGAUAAAUUUACGAUCAAGGAUGGCUCCAUUCCUUUUGCAGCUGAGAUUCUUGCAGGUGGAUGU